AAAAUACGCUAAACUUCUGUGCUAAAAACGCUAAACUUUACAUAUACAUAACUUUCGAAUCGCUAGAUUCCUAAUGUUAAGACUUGCAUUUUCGGAUUCUAUGCGUCAAAAACUGUUAUAAUAUAUACAAAAAAGAGACAAUAAUUUUAUGUCCCCUAAACUGAAAUACAGCUAAAUGUAUUAAGAGCUUUUGUAUCAACCGAAUACAUGAUUGGAAGUAAAUUCUGAUUUUAAAAAAUUUGGAUGUGAUUGUACUUCAAUAUGGCGAACCGCGACAAAGGACGCAAAAAGUGGGGAGAAUUUUUACAAGAUAAUUCAAAAUUAGAAGAGGAUAGGUCAAUAGGAAUGAAAGGUGGAGGAAAUAGAGCACCUCAAGCAUUAUAUAGGCCAGGAAGUGGACCUCUUCGAAAAUCAGGAAGAUCUACAGAUGAUUUAGAUAAUGAAAAUAUUUCACGGGAGAAACCUAAAUCCAGCUCCGUCCAACAUCGUUUAAAACAGUCACAACUCAAUAAAUCCAACCAAAAUCAAAAUAAUCCACCAUCAUCUCAAGUUGAAAAUGUAACAGAAAAAUUGAAUGAUCUAAAUAUUAAUUACAGAAGCAUUACAAACAUUGAACAGGCACAAGGUUCUUCUCAAAAUAGUAAUUCUGGAGAUUCAAGAAGGAAAACUAAGAAACCAGAACAGCUAUUAUAUGUACCUAAAAAAGUAAAAGAAGCAUUGGCUGAACAAGAUGUAACAAAUAGAUCUCCCAAUCAAGGAGGUUGGGAUCAGGAUCAAGAGAGAGAGCAUAGUGAAGAUCGUGAUUCUCAUUCCAAUCGUAGUCAUAAAAGUGAUAGUCAACGUAAUCGGUUAAGUGGUCAUGGCAGAAGAGAUAGCGAAAGUGGGAGUAAAAACCGAGAUGAGCAUGAUAAAAGAUAUUCAGGUAAUCGAAGAACUCGGCAUGGUAAUGAAAAUGAAGAGCGUUGGCGAUCCGAUUCUCCUUUAUCUAACAGAGGUUAUGGAAAUAGGAAAGAUAGUUCUCGUGAAGUUAGACAGGGUUCAGAACCUCUUUUUGCAACAACGAAUCACUUAAAUGAUUUCAAUCGUACUAGAGAUACACGUAGUGUAGAACCUGCUGGACAUCCAGAAAAGUUUCAAGGCAAACCACCAUCAGGCAAAUGGGGUGGUACUAAAGAUAGUUUGCCAAAAAAUAUAAAAAUAGAACACUUACCACCUAGAUUUCAGAAAAAAUACCUUUUGGAUAAUGGUUUGCCCUUACCAACAAGUUCCUCACCGUCUGAAGAUACAUGGAAUAGCAAUAGUGCUUCAUUUCAGGCACCAUCAAACUAUAAUUUUCCACCUGCAAUGCAACAUUCACAAACGAUGCAAAGUUUACCUCCAUCUGGUCCAUUACCUCCACAAACUAGCUGGUCUAAUACAGCACCACCACGAGCUAGAGGUAGAGGUAGACUUAGACCAGAAGAUUUAGAAAGUUCAACAAACGUUUUUAGGUGUGUUACACCUGAUCAGUAUUCAGCUCCAAGUUCCAGAUCUCAUACACCAAGCCAAGAAUUUAUGCAAAGUAGAUCUUACGAUCGUCGUGGCAGUAAUAGUACUAUGUAUACUAGUAUGGAAAGUUUAAGUCGAGUAGAUAGUUCAACAAUACCACCGCCAUCAUCAGCAUCACCCGUUACUUCAAUGUCCAGUGUAAACAAACGUCAAAUAUCGCCAGAGAGUCAUCGUCGAGGAAUAUCUCCAGCUUUUCACCGCACUCAAACGCAACGGUGUAGCAAUACAUCUGAGCGUAAUACAGUACAAGAAAAAAAGAACGGUCAACAAAAUUCAGGUGUCAGUUCAUCAAAAGGUGAAUCUAUCAACACUGCAUUAAAUAUAUCGGCUGAACAUCCAUUUGAUUGGAGUGAAGACGUUGAAUUAAGUGAAAAGCUAGAAGCUGAGCGUGCAAGUCGUAGUUCAUCUGUAUUGAGUUUACGUGAAAAUGUUAAUGUGUCAGGAAAUGAAACUACAACAAGUAGUCAUAGUCGACGUAAAAAAAAAAAGCGUGAGAAGAAACAUGCGGCAGAUCGAGGGAGGAGUAAUAGCAGAGAUAAAGCUCGUGUUAAUAGUCGUGAUCGGCAAAAUAAUCAACAAAAUAGAGAAAAUGAUAACUAUAACAAUAAUCAAAAAAACAAUAACAGUAGUAGGAGAUAUGAACACAAAAGACACCGUAAUAUUAUACAACGUAGUCGAGAAUCUAGCAAAGAUAGAAGUUAUCGUGGUGGUAAUCGAAACUUUGAUGACCUUCAUCGACAUAGAGCGUCCGAUCGAUAUCUAGAUGAAAAUUGGAGAACAGGUAGAAAAAUGUCAGUUUGUGAUUCUGACGAUGGUCGACAAACACCUAGUGUUUCUUCACAUUCUGUCCCGUUAGCAAAUACUUUGACAGCACAUCAAACAUCACCUACUGGAUAUACCAGUUCUCAACCACCGGGUGUUUUAGUGUUACCUGAUACUAGCCAAUCUCCGCCUAAUCAUCAAACUUCGAGGCAACAAGGAGUGCAACAACAAAGAACGUUAUUUGAUCCCAAUAAUCCUAAUAAACCAAUCGUUAUUAUCUCUCCUAGUAGUAGAGCAGCAGUACAAAGAGAAAGUGAAACUACAUCUCAAGGUUCAAGUAUACCAGUGUUUCAAUCCCAUGGGGGUAUUAGCUCUACUCAUCAUAACUUCCAGGGAACGCAUUUGGAUGGCGUGCCACCACCAUACAUGACAAAUGACCAAUUUGGAAAUAUAAGACCUUCAUGGUAUGAUCCUUACUCCGAUAGUUUUCGAAUAGCUAAAAAUCCUUACUUACUCUUGGAUAUAGAACGCGCUGAUUUAGAAUUGCAGUGGAUACUAAGUUCUGGUGGUUUUACAUCAAAUUGGGAGAGGGUUUUGUACAUACGACACUUUCUACAAGAAAGUUUAAAAACUUUGCUCGAGACUGAUAUCAAAUUUUGUCAAGCUGAGAACGUUGAACAACAUUUUUGGAAAAUACUUUUUUAUAAUAUGAUCGAAAUGCUGCGAAAAGGCAUGCCUAAAGAAAGUUCUGAAGGUCGAGAGCAUUAUAAAAAAAUUAUGUUAAAAAUUAUUGACGAUGGUACCGUAUAUUUAGAGAGUUUGUUGACUGUUCUUGAAACGAAAUACGAAUUUAAAUUGGAUACAUUUCUUGCAUCGUCGACUUUGCCUAAGGGUCUUGGGAUCUUAGGUUUAGCCUUAGUAAGUGCGCAAAAAAUAUAUCUAUUUCUGGGUGAUUUGGCCAGAUAUAGAGAACAGGCAAAUGAAACAAAUAACUAUGGAAAGUCUCGGCAGUGGUAUUUGAAAGCACAACAACUUAAUCCAAAGAAUGGAAGGCCUUACAACCAGCUUGCAUUACUAGCACAUUAUGCUAGGCGAAAGUUGGAUGCGGUGUAUUAUUAUAUGCGAUCUCUUAUGGCAUCUAAUCCUUUCCAUUCUGCAAGGGAGAGUUUAAUAGCACUUUUUGAUGAAAACAGGAAGAAGUAUCUACAUUAUUAUGAAUCGACGGAACGGAAACGGAAAGAGGAGAGAGAAUGGAAAGAACGAGCCAGGAUGAAAGAGAAAGAGGGAGCGAACAACAUUGGUGGAGGACUAAGAAGAGAAAUUUGGAUUCAUCCUGGUGGAAGACGAGUUCAUCGUACAACUACUGCAGCCACUGCCAACGAAGCGAGAUUAUCUCAUAGCGAUUUAGAAGAAUUGGCACAAUUAAGCAGCGUUGAGGUAAAUAAACGGUUCGUCACAUCCUACCUUCACGUUCAUGGAAAGCUGAUCAAUAAGAUAGGAAUGGAGACGUUCCAAGAAGCUGGUGUUCAGAUGUUAAAGGAGUUCAGGGCGCUUCUUCAGCAUUCGCCGCUGCCUCUUCCGGGGACGCGACUUCUUCAGCUCCUGGCGUUGAACAUGUUCGCCAUCGAGUCGACGCAGUUAAAGGAUUCCCAAAUGGAGCAAGGGUACCGGUCCGAGGUCCAAGAAAGGGCACUGGUUGUAUCCUUGCAGAUGUUCAAUCUGAUUUUAGAACGUGGCGUGUCCUUGCUCAAGUCUCAGUUGGACAGCGGCGAAGAGUCGAGGAUGGUUGUUAGCGAGGACAUGCAAGUCCUUUUACCAGCUAUCAAGAUCUGGUGCGACUGGAUGCUUUGUCACAGCACCGUUUGGAAUCCACCGCCAUCUUGCACGGACUACAGAGUCGGCCCACCUGGAGACGCCUGGAGCAGACUGGCCAUGAUGGUGAACCUACUGGAAAAAUUGAAUUACUCCAGAACGAUUCUUAUCCAGGCCAAGGACGCGGAGGGUCGAGAAGACGAACUUGAAUUGGUAAAACUGCCGGAAGAUAUGACCUUGGCAGGAUUCACGCCGCUGAUGUCGAAUCCGCAAGAUCCUUGCUACGCCGAAAAAACCGAAGAUAUGGAAGUUGCUCAAGUGUGCCUCAGGAUAAACAAGAUUCUGUUCUUCGGCCAAGUGUUCCUGUGCGGUCUCGAGACGCCGGUAUUGAAGUUGCAGAAGAGCGAAACUGGCAUUAGCGAGUACGUCUCCGUGGUGGAGGCAUCGAGCACGAGCACGCCGAGUUCACCACCAGAGCAGAGCGACUCGGAGCUCCUGGUGGAAAGUUACAGCGAGGGUGAAGACGAGCCAGUUUCCACCCUCAAGAGAUUACCCUCGUGCACAGACGUACCUGACGAUAGCAUCGCGCCCGUAGCCGCGGUCGAGAUAAGGUCGUUGAUCGAGAGAAAAGAAGAAUUGGAGAGGCGGCAGCGGAAACAGGAUCGUCAUAGACAGCGAGUGCAGCAAAUCUUGCAAAAGUCAUCAGUUUCGGUGGAAAUCGAAGUGAGACCUAGACAAUUGGUGCCGGAUACUAACUGCUUUAUCGACUAUCUACCGCAAUUACAAAAUAUCGCGAAAGCGAUUGCUGGCGCUCAACCGAUUUACACGCUUAUGGUGCCACUUGUAGUUCUGAACGAGCUCGAGGGCCUGGCAAGGGGUGCGGACGCCAGAGAUUGUCCUCCGGCUUCGAGGGCGACUUUGGAUCCAGAACACGUGGCCAGGGUGGCUGAGAGCGCGAAGGUAGCUCUGGCUUUCGCGAGAAGCAGAAAUCCAGCGAUUCGGUGCUUGACCACCAGAGGAACUGUGCUGACGUCCAGUACGUUUACGGUAGAGGAGGAUGUUGACAAGGACGGGUUGACAAGAAACGAUGACAGAAUACUGGCUACGUGCUUGAGCCUCUGCAAGGCGGGUAACAAAGAUCAAGUAAAUGCAGAAGAGGGUCAGCCACGACGACUCAGGAGAGAAGUUGUCCUACUAACGGAUGACAGGAACUUGAGGGUGAAGGCGCUAGCAAGGGAUGUUCCCGUAAGAGAGGUGCCCGAUUUUAUGCAAUGGGCCGGCCUUGGUUGAGACGCUUUUCCGACCAAACAUACCCGCUAACGAAAAAUCUUCCGUUACCACCCCCGCCGAGUAAACUUGAACAACAGCAGCAGCAGAAAUAGCAGCAGCAACCAUAAACAGCAACAGCAGCAGCAAGACAAAGAAAAGGAAAGAAAACGUGGAAGAAAGAGCAUGGAGGAAAAAAGGGGAAACAAAGAAAAGAGGAUAUCUCGCAUCGUGCUCCCUCAAUCGUGGCCGAUCAGCCGUCGCGCGCGUGCGACGGAUCUUCCGUUCCCACACGUAAGUUCGUUCUGAUUGUCGAGGUCGUGCCUAUACCCGCGGUGAUGCAUUCAUCGUGUCGGCGAGGAUGUCAAAGAGAUCGGCAAAUAAUGUGUGUGUGUGUAUGAGAGAGUGAAUAUGAGUGACUUAGUGAGUGAGUGAGUGAGUGAGUGAGUGAACGAGCGAGCGAGUGAGAGUGAGAAUGAGAGUGAGAGUAAGUGAGUGAGUGAGUGAGUGAGUGUGUUAGUGUGUGAGAGAGAGAGAGAGAAUAUGACUGGUCAUUUUCCAUGGUGACAUUGCUCGAUGUAGAUCGAGUUUUUAGGAGCGACCGAGACUAGGAGAAACACAAGGAGAACGGUAGUUUGUUUCGAGUAGGAUCGGAAAUAGAGGGAUAAGAGAGAGGGAAAUAGAUAUAAUUAGAUAGAAACGACGAUGCGUGAUCGCGACGCUUUCCAUCGUUGAUUUCUUUUUCUUUCUUUCCCUGUUUUUAAUAUAUUAUAUCUAAUAGUUAUAUUUAGAGAAAUAUAGAUUUCUGUUUUCUUCAACACGAUUAACAGCUACUAUGAAGAUUUUCGUACAUGUAAGGAGAAAGGGGGAUGUAAAGCGGCGCGAGAACGUUGAUAGCUGAAUCGUAUCGAGGCAAAGUAAUUUGCCCGAGAACGGAGACAGGAAAGUAUGCUACUCGAUCUGAGAGAAACAUAUGAGAAAGUAAAGCAAGAAAAUGAAUGAAGCGAGAAACGAAACGAAACGAGACGAGAUGAAGAGGGGUCGAUAUUUUUUACACACGUGAAUAUCUUUUUUGGUUGAUUUUUAUCGAUGACGACCGCUCUGCGGCCGGCUUCAUUUUUCUCUACCUUUUAUCAUGUUUGUAACGGUCUAUACACGCGUAUAUAUGCAUAUAUAUAUGUAUAUUUGUACGCACUUUUGAAUAUUGUAUACACCGUAUGCGGUCGUUGGAGGAUGCGUUCGGAAUCCGCGUACAUCCCGCCCCGCGUGUGUGUCGCUUGUCUUUCUUUUUCUUCUCUUUUCUUAUGCUGUCCUUUUUAGCAAGCUCCCUCCCUCGUACCGGAUCGUUCUGGAAUUAAUUUUCUCUCUUUCUUCUCUUUUCUGUUUUUCCUCUCCCUUUCGACUGUCCCUUCGUUUCUUUUUCUACACUUUUUCUUUCUCGUUGUACGCGUAACGAAAAAGUUAUCCUUGCACGCCGUGUAUUAUUCUUUUUUUUCUUUUCUUUUCUUUUUUUUUGGAUGCAAUUUUCGAUAUUUGUAUCGUACUUUUUCACUUUUCUUCACUUUUUUCUUUAACGAUUCUAUGGUUUUUUCGUACAAUUUCGAUGCCUUUAUUUUUACUCGUUGUUAGCUUCUUUUUGCCUUUUACGAGUCUCGUAACGCCUUAUGGACUUUAUCGAAGUUUCUUCAGGCGUAAUUUCCAUUGUAAUCUAGAGCAGAGAAAGGUGUGUUUGAUAAAUAUAUAUGUAUAUAUAUAGAUUUUUUAGAUUGGCGGGGGAGAGAUACAUAUGAUCAACUGAGAAACAGGAGUAACUACUGACUAGUGCAAAUUACGUAAAACGAAAUUUAAUACGGGUCCUCAGAUACUUGUAUCCGUAGAUUUCAUCGUAAAACUAUUUCAGUUUACCGGAGAUAUUCUCUAUCUUUCAUACUAAUAUUUUUCAAUUAAUUACUUUGUUAAUAUUUCUUUUAAAAAGCCACCGCGUACUAACUUAAUUGCUAACAUAUUUUGUUUGCAAAUAUUCGUUAAUCGUCAAAAUAAAGAACAGUGAUGUUUAGCUUAGUGCUCAAUUACACAGAAUUCAAAUAAUUAGACACUAAGUAAAAUUUUGUUCAUGUAAACUAAUAUACUUGCUUAUCCAUUCAAUCUAUCAUAGCUGAGUCUAGCACACCUGUGGUCCGUAAGGCAUUACAAGAAGGAUUUUAAUUUUUUUUUAUAUAACAAUUUACGCGCUCGGUGUUGGCGCAGCGAGAACGAGUGCGAUUUUUACAACACAAAAAAGGUGAACGUGUUUUAAGCCGGAUAUAAUCAUGAGAGACGCUCCCCAUUUGCAUUCCCACUAAAACAAAGUUUUCCAGGAUGACGGCGUAGAGGUCCCGAAUCCUCGUCGUUUUCCAGCGACUGCUCGCGUGUCAUUGUCGAGAAUGUCAUGUGAAUUUUUUAAUCGAGACAAUUUGCUCGCGUCAAAAUGCCACAGACACGAAAUUGAAACGUCAUUUGUUUCGCUUAUAACUGCCGCCAGAGACCUUCCUUCUGUUGGCGGAUGCCAUUUUGUCGACUAACUUUGCUACCAUUUCCAUGUCCCAAUGAAUUCGUGAAAUUUCGUCAGGGGAAUCAAGAAUGUUAAUUUGUAAAUUAAAUGGAUUUUGUUUUGUUGGAUUAAAUGGUAUUACUUUUUUGAUUAAAUGCUCAUCAUUUUGUUCGUCAAUACUGCUGAGGUGUUAAAAUUCUUACGCUCCGUUCUUGUUUUUGAUUUAAGCACCAAAAAUGUUCUUAAUAUAUAAUGAACUUUGGCAUAAAAUAAAAGCUUGAAUCUUUCGUGGUUUCUUCAAGUUUAGAAAAUUUCUUCAGCUUCCGUUGAAAAUUACUUAAAGGGCGUAGCAAACAGUAUAACAUAAAAGACUUUUUUUUCAAAUUUGUAUUUCGUGAAUCGACUUGAUAAUAUUUGAUUAAUUUAGGAAUAUUAUUCGUUGAUCAAGUAAAUGUCAUUGUUUAUUUUGUCAAGCGAAUGAUUACAUUAUUUUAUAAACUAAUUUAUGAUGUAUUUGAAUAAAUGUAAUAUAAUAAUAAUAUGUCUAGAAGCGUUUUGUUUAUUAAACAAGAUUUAAUAAUUUGGUCGACAAAGUGGUUAUCUAAUCAACGAAGUAAAUAUCAUUUAAUGAAGCAAUAUUAUGUCAUUUUUUUGAAAACGUGAACUGUAUCAAGUUAUUCGUGUUAUUAAUAAUAUUAGUGAAAAUCGAAUUAUUUUCUUAUCAAAGUUGGCAUUGUCUUACUCUUUAGACGGAAAUGGCGUCCUUUCAUUCCAUCAAGAUCACGUGUAUGUGGAGCAAUGAGCCGCUUAUUAAUUUAAUUUGACAAAGUCAAAGUUUGUAAUUGUGAAAUUAUAACGUCGAUAAUCUUACGGGAAAUUUAUAUUAUAAUUGUAUAUAUUAUAAUUAUAAUUGUGUACAUAUUAUAAUUAUAAUUAUAUAGGUUUCGCUACUCUUUUGUGACACACAACUCUGCAUCAUGUUUUUUUACUAUCUUUACUCAUUUCUACUGUCUUAAAUGAUGAAUUAAUCUUAUAGAAAUUUAAUGGACCGAGUAAAUUGUUAAAACACCGAUGAAAUAUAUUAUAUAUAUGAACUCUUUUUCAAUUUAUAUGUAUGCAUAUACAUGUAUAUACAUAAAAGGCGAAGGUAAAAAAGAGGUAAAAAAAGAAGAAAGAAAGAGAAACUAUUAAUCACACGCGAAAUAGUUAAAAUGACCGUAUAGCGUUGCAAAGGAUCAUCGUAAAUCGUGCGUCAGCAUAACAAAUUAAUAUCAAUAUUUGACAGUUCUGCAAGACAUAAAAUUGCUAAAAUUGCGUUGUAAAAUCAUCGAUCAAAGGAGAAACUAUCGAUCGUAACGUUGCAUCGUGAUCCACCGUACGUGAGCGGAUAUAAAUCGAACAGAAGAAAAAGAAUAUUUUUACGCGUACGUGAACAAAGCAGAAAGCAACGGAAGGAAAUGUAGAGGAAACACUGAUACGUGUAUACGCGCUUGCGCUUUUUCUUCUUGCCUGUGUCGACGAACUUUCAGAACACUCGAACAGUGUAGAGACUAGGAGAAAUAACAGAAAUCUAUUGUCGCAUGUAGUCGUUGAUUUCGGGAGGUCUUGAAUGUCCUAACACGAUCGUAUGACUUUUGCUCGAUUGCAUAUCAAUGAUUAACCCCUUGCGGGAGAUUAAGAUUAUAGAAAAAAAAAACAUAUAAUAAAUAAAUAAAUAUAUAUAUAUAUACAUAUAUAUCUAUACAUAGAAAGAAAUAUUGUACAGUGUAUCAAGGAAUAAGGAUAAAAAUUUAAAGUGCUUAUAGUAUUCAUCAAGAAUAAGUAUACAAUUCUUAAUCGAUAUAGAAUUUAGAAAGUCUAUAUUUUUUGUAGUAAAAUGUAAUUUUGUAUUUGCUAAUAUGCAAUAACUGAAAAGUAACAUACAUAUCUAUCCAUUGCAUCUUAAAACUUAUAUAUUUGAUAUAGUUUCCAUUAAUUAUUAUUUCCUAUGGAUGAGGCAAAUCGUAAUACUAUAAAAUUAAUUAUCCUUGCAAAAUAUACAUACAAAAUCACAUUUUACACUAAAGGUAUCGGCUUUUCAACUUAAGUUAAUCAAACAUUCUUUUUAUUCCAUCUGACGCUGUAUAAGUCUACAAACUCUUAAUUCCUUUUCUAAUAGCACUCUGUAUAUUUGUCGCGACUUUUCAUGUGAUAGGAAUUUUCAUCGCUAGGUCACCAAUGUCUACGAUACUUCUCUACGGUACACGCUGUAUUUAUUUUUCUAGAACAUACUCGCCAUUCGAACGAAUCUAUAAUCAUCGUAAGUGUGUACAUUAAAUGAGGAAUCGUGAGUAAUUUAUACACACGUACAUAGAAAAUGAUCGACCACAAAGGGUUAAUCGACUCGAAUCGAACGCGUCUAAAAUGUAUUUUAAGAUUCGGUACGAUCGAGAUCACAAACAUUCCGAAUAGAAGGAUUGAUAUCGAACUGGUUGAACGUGUUGAUCGUGAAUAAUUUUGGUAUCGUGAUGUUUUUCCACGGAAUUCGAUGAUCAUGUCAUGGUGGGACGAUCGCACGCGACGUGAUGAAUCGGGAAAUUAUCGUUUAGCUUUAUUCCGAUUUGUUACUUGGACGAGACUCGUUCGUUAAUUGUUAUCUACCAAACUUGCGUUUUUUAAAACUGAAUUCAAUAGUAAAUUAUUCGUUGAUCUAUUGAUUCUCGGUCAUUGUUACCGAGUAGAAACAUUGAUAAUGAAUUUUUUUUAAUGAAUUUUUUAAUCUAUAAUAAAUCUAUAAUAAAUAUCGUCCUUCAAACUUACAGACUUUCAAAUAAAAAUAAUCUGUUCAAAGAUUUCUUUAACUACAUGUGUAUUUAGAGAAGUUUUUCAGGCCCUAUAUGGCCUUAUCUCCAAGAUUGUUCCAAACUGUUUCAUAAAAAUGAAAAGAAACAAAAAAUGGCGAUGAUAAUUGAGAGUCAGCAAAGUAAUCGAGAACAAUUGUAUCCGUUCGUAUUUAACGUUUUAGCCGCCACAAUUCAUAUGUAUUAAUCCUUGAGAAUGGAGGAGAGAGGAUGAGAGAGAGAGAGAGAGAGAGAGAGAGAGAGAGAGAGAGAGAGAGAGAGAGAGAGAGAGGAAGAAAGAGAGAGUGAAUGAAACUGAUAAACAAGGGACCGUGAGAGAUGAGAACGCGACGUGUCCUAUUUUUCGAUGAAAACUCUAGUUACUUAACGAUCAAUAGCGAUUAAUUCUGCAAGAAGAGAGCGAGUGCAAGGAAACAAGUGAAAGAGAAAGUGAUCAAGAGACACGAAGAGGAAAUAAGAGCAUUCGUAAUCGACUGGAACUCCUCUUGAUCGUAUCUUUUCGACUGGUUCACUUUUCUUUUUUCUUUUUAAGAUAGUUGUACACAUCGUCGAUAUUAAUGUUACUCUUUUCCUCUUUUCAUCAUGUAGUACGUAUGCAUUAAAUGGUAGAGACGAUCAGCUCGAUGCUGCACCAUUUUCGAAGCUUCUUUAAAAACUGUUAACACAAUUAUCCUUUGACACUAGAAAUACCACCAUGGUUGAAAAAUAAUUUGUUAUUGUCUUAGAUAAAACACGUAUUUCUAAAACUUUCAUUAUUCUAGCUCUUAUCUCCAGUUACUGUGCAAUAUGAACAUUUUGUCAAUAUCUAUCUCUAUUGAUGUAAAACGGUAAAGUUACAAGUAAACUAUUCUGCUUCAUAUUUUCUUACGAAUUAUAAUCCUUUUAUCAUAUUUUAUUGUUUUGGCAAAAAAGUUGGAAACCAGCUAAAAGAUAAACUAAAACUGCAGAUACUAUUACGUGUUAAAACACCUUCAGUGACCCAAACAAAACAACAAAAGCACAAAAUUUACGAAUAGUUAUACUUGUCAGUGGGAAUAAUAGCUAUCACAAUUCUGUUCAUUAGUGAAACCGACUCUAUUGGUCUUUCUAGCGUUAAUGGCGAUAAACAGAAUCAGUCAAAAAGUCCUAACACCGAUUGUAAUCAUCAUAUCACGUUGAUUCCUCCGCAAUAGCCGAAUAGUGCAAUAACAGGUGGCAAACUGGUAACGUCUCCGGUCGAUCCGCGCGAGUCCUCGGUGUUGUGAUCGACGAAUUCGAUUCGACCAACUGGAUAGUUAAAUAUCUACAUAUACCGCAGAAAUUAUAAGAGAUUUUAUCUAGAAAAUUUCAAAUCGUUUCUUCGACACAUCGACGAAGAUGAAGUUACAGAAAAGAAAAGAAAAGAAAAAGAAAAAAAAGAAAAAAAAUGCUCGUUUCAGUUGAGAGAUCUUCUUGAUGGGUAGAUUGAAACGCGCGUUUUCUUUUUAUCGCAUCGUAUAUCGAUUGUUGCAUUCUUACAAAUGUAAAGCUGCCGAAUCCCACAGCGUCACUGUGAUUGAUGCAAAAUCACGUGGACAUCGCAUCGCUCCAGACGAGCUCAAUGCUCGUUGAAUCGUGCGUCGAAUAAAUUCAAAAAAUUUGCCGCGACUUUUCCUUUGGCAAAUGUCGAGGAACGCAGCGUGUCGAACCUCCGCAACUUGCCGUCAGUUCCUUUGCUUCUCGAGAUGCGCCGACGCCAAGCUCAAGAACGUCUUAAAGCGUCUAUUUUUCUACUGUAUCUCUUCUGCAAUUAAAGUCACGGCGUCCUUUAAUCUUGCUGUGCUCCAUGGGUCAUUUUCGAUCGAAUCGUAUCUUUUAACAUCCGAAAAUUUCUUAAAUUUGAGGAAAUUAUAGGGUAAUCGUUCUUGAUUUCUCGUUUGAAUCGUAUGUUAAUGAUUUUUUUCGAAAAGACUGAAGGAUCGCAGUAGGGUUAAUUACAAGUGGUUAUCGGAUAACAUUCGCAAUAAAGUAACUGUGUUUCCUGUUAAAACCGAAAUUUUACAUUCCAUUCAGCCACCACGCCAGACAUUCUUGGUGAGAAUGACAUUAUUUUGUAUCAACUUGCGGAGGAUCGAGAUCUUCUGCUUCCUUUUUCUUUUUUUGCCUUGAUUGAUUUUACUGGCUGGCUGUAAAAAUUUGGUGAGAUUUAAAGAAGAAAAGAGAAGGAAGAUAGACGAUGGUUAGAGACAAGUGAAAAUAGAAUUAAAUAUGGCGUCGACGAAUACGACCGAUCUGUGCAACUUGUUAACGUUACGAUUUUUAUGGCACGUUUUAUACGCGUGCCGAAAGCUGUGGUCUCUAUCCCAUCCCGGAACGAUUUACACCAUAAGUGUACCUAUGAAUGCAUAUAAGAUAUACGUUAUAUAUAAAAUACGAAUACACGCGAACACAACUAUACCGAUUACACACCACUGGCCAUCGAUUUUAAUUCAAGAUUGUCACAAUACCAAUUAUAUGCGUAUAGUAAUUAAAUAUGUAAAAGAACGGUGUUAAAUGGUACGUUUAUAUUUUGACUCGGAAAGAGGAUUUUCUUUUUUCUUUUUGAAUAAUGUGACGAAUAAUUGUCGACGAUAACAAUGAUUAUGGCGACGAUAAGAACGACGACGACGACGAUGAUGAUGAUAAUCAGUACGAUGCAGCGGUAGAAUUUUUAGGCUAAUCAUUUAUUACACUUAUGAAGAAUGUCAGUACUAUAGUGUUACCACUUUGGUUAUUCAAUAAAACGCGAAGUUGACGGAAUCGCUGUUACAUAUUCA